AAAUGUCAACUGUCGUCGUCGCCAGGUCAAACAAAUAGGUAGUGGUGAAAUAAAUAUUAUUUUGUGAAAACUACUGAUUCAGUGUAUUUAAAAUGGCUAGUAUACCGUUAAUGUACGCUCAAGAAGAUUGCGAGCUUGGGGAGAAAGGAAACAUCGAGGAUGACUUCGCAUACCGCAACAAUGUGGUGAACGCAGACAAGGAGAUCCGCCUGGGCUUCGUGCGCAAAGUGUACAGUCUGCUCACGAUACAACUGCUUGUGACGGUCGCGAUAGCCGCCGUGUUCCUGCUCGUCAAACCUGUACAAGUCUUCAUACAUUCCAAUGAGUGGAUGGUAUUCAUCGCCUUCAUUCUGAGCAUGGUCACACUGUUCGCACUGAUCGCAAAACGGCGGGACUACCCAGCCAACCUCUAUCUAUUGGCUGGAUUUACAGUGAUACAAGCCUACACGAUCGGCGUAGUUGUAUCUUACUUCGACACGUUCAUAGUGCUGCAAGCUCUGGCACUUACCUUUACUGUGGUGUUCGCUCUGACGCUCUUCACUUUCAACACUAAACGGGACUUUUCCUUUGUAGGUUAUGGACUCGUAGCCGGACUCAGCGUGCUUAUAAUCGGUGGGCUGAUACAGAUUUUCCUACAAAGCUCCGCGUUCGAAGUCGCUCUAUCAUUCACAGGCGCCAUUUUCUUUGGCCUGUUCCUAAUUUUCGACACGCAACAGUUAAUGACCACUUUGUCCCCAGAAGAAUACAUUCUGGCCACAAUCAACUUAUACAUGGAUAUCCUCAACUUAUUCCUGUAUAUUUUGCGCAUUUUAAACGAAAUAAAUCGUAAUUAAUUCAGUAUUAUUGUAACUGUUACCUCACAAAUUUAAAAAUUAUAUUUUCUCUGUAUAGAUUUAUAUUUGAUAUUGUAUAUAAAUAUCGGUUUUAUUCACCGGUGCUAUUUAUUGUUGCAAAGGUUUUAGUAUUGUAUCGUAUUAUUGUAUUGGACUUUAUUUUCCGUAAAUGUGGCUGUGAGUGAAAGUAAUGUCAGUUUAUUUUCCAAACACGAAUGAAUUUAGUUUUGAUUAUUAUUAUUUUUAUAUGUAUGAAGUAAGCACAUUAUGCCAUUAUUUAACUAUUUAAUAUCAAUGUCCAAUUGCAAAUAUAUUGUUUGGAAAAA